UCAGGCGUUUAGGAUUCGCGGGUGUAUAUAAGCUCGAUCAAAGCGCUGGAGGCACCAUUGUCCUACAGGGGUUCAAACACAAUGAAGCUGACCCUCUUUGUCUGCCUGGCUGGUGUCGUGGCCGCCUCGGCGCUCCCACAGUUCCAGGAGCGCCACCCCGAAUAUACCGCCGAGACCCUGGUGGAUGAGCGCGAGGACCGCGGCGACGGCCACUUCAGGUACCUUUUCCGGACCAGCAAUGGCAUCAACACCGAAAAAGUUGGUACUCCCGGCUCCAAGGGACAGAGCAAUAUGCAGGGAAGUUUCAGCUUCCCUUUGACCGAUGGCGGAGUCGCUGAGUUCACUUACGUCGCCGACGAGAACGGUUACCAGACGUCUUCAGACUCCUUGAGAUCGCGGCUCAGCAAAGGGCCCAGGGAAUCAGAUUCGAAUGAGGACUUGAUACUGCGGCUCGAUAAGCAUACAACAACACACGAUCUGGCAUUUACAGAUGUACAUAACUUUUGCGACCACACGAAAUUACACGAAGUUGUCAGUGUGAGUGAAUAAAUGAGAAAGUUGUAAAA